CUUUUCAAACACAACCCGUUAAUUCAUUGCUUUAGUACCUUUCAUUCAUCCAAGGUAAAGAACCAAAAAAAAAAGUUUGUCAUCCAAAACCUCCAAAACAACCCAUUUGAUAGUUUUAAUCAUCUUCAUCAAACAUGGCUAUGAGCAACAAUGUCAUUGGAGGCAUUAACUUCAUCGCCAUGUUGCUCUCGAUCCCAAUCAUUGGAGCCGGGAUCUGGCUAUCAACAGAGGCAGAUAACACUUGUGUUCAGAUCCUACAAUGGCCUGUUAUAAUUUUAGGUAUCUUGAUCUUGGUUGUGGCCAUAGCCGGCUUCAUUGGAGGAUUCUGGCGAAUCUCAUGGCUCCUCGUGAUCUAUCUCAUUGCCAUGCUUGUUCUCAUCAUCUUGCUCACAUGUUUGGUGGUUUUCGUGUAUAUGGUAACCAUCAAAGGUUCAGGUCAUCCUGAGCCAAGCCGAUCUUUCUUGGAAUACAGGCUUGACGAUUAUUCAGGAUUUCUCAAAAGAAGAGUUAGAAGCCAUUACAAAUGGGAUAGGAUUAGAACUUGUCUAAGUUCCACUACUUUAUGUGCUGAACUUAACCAAACUUAUCGCAUGGCUCAGGAUUUCUUCAAUUCCCACCUUACUCCAUUACAGUCUGGAUGUUGUAAGCCUCCAACACAAUGUGGGUAUACUUUUGUGAAUCCGACAUAUUGGAUAAGUCCCAUCAAUAAUGCAGCUGAUAUGGAUUGCUUGAACUGGAGCAAUGAGCAGACAGGGCUUUGCUAUGGUUGUGAUUCAUGCAAGGCAGGGUUGCUUGAGAAUUUAAAGAAAGAAUGGAGGAGAGCAAACAUAAUUUUGAUCAUAACCCUUGUGGCUUUGAUAUGUGUUUAUGUGAUUGGGUGUUGUGCUUUUAGGAAUGCGAAAACAGAAGAUCUCUUUCGCAAGUAUAAGCAGGGUUACACGUAAUUUAUUAAUCAAGACACGAAGGCUGAACUUAACUUGCGGAACAUGGGGAUGCAUGUAUUCUUAGUGCAAUUUUAUGAUCGUAUCGAGUGUGAAUUACUAUCUUUGAGGUUUGAAUUUAUUUAAGACGGGUUUGUUUUAAUCCAAGUU